GGCGGCGGCAGAGGCGGCUCGGGGAGCGGAGCGGCGGAGCCAUGGUGGAGCGCGGCGACAGCCGGGACAGCGACAGCGAUGAGACCAUCGUGGAGGGCUCUGUGACGGAGAGUGAUGUGGAGGGAGAGGAGUUCUGCAGGAGGAGGUUGUAUUUUGCUUUUAAGGACGUGCCUUUAACAACUGAGACAAGAAUUAAUGAAGGACAUCUGUCUCCAGAAAUCUGUUUUGUACAGAAAUUUUAUGACCACACUUAUGCUAGGGAUGAAAAUCAGGUAAAUCCAAUACUUCAAGAGGCAGAUGCAUCGGACCCGUCUCAGUCUCUACUGCAUGGUUGGAUAAACUGUUCCUCACUUACUGAAAAUAUUUCUAAGCCCGAUUUUUCAGCAAAUGCUUCGGUAGUGGAACAGCAGGAUAAUUCUCUAGAUGUCAAAUUGAAUGGAUUUCAGAAAGAUGAAGAAGAAAAGGUCAGUAAUGAAGAUCUGUUUCCAGAAACAAGCCCCUAUCUAGAUGUCCUUCUGGAAGAUAUGAUAAUGGUUCCAAAGGAACAAGAUAUAUUUCUGCACGAUUUAGAAGGUUGCCUGAGAACGUGCAUGACCAUGCUUGACACAGAUAAUACUGUAAAAGAUCAUUCCUCUAAUAACAACACAGAUCUUUCACAGACAUCCCCAGGGAAGAUUUUCAUGGAAGCACUCACUGAAGAGACCAUAGAGACUGGUGAAUUUGACAUCAGUGAUUUGCUGGUAUCCCUCGAUGAUUCGGAGACUUUUAAGACGAUAAAGCCAUUGUUUGACAAGUUAGAGAGUCCAGGUCAAGCCUUUUCCAUUGAUCCAUCACCAGAUGAGAACAGUGACACCCUGCCAGUACAGCUUUUGACAGCUCUGGAUGCUUUGUCAGGAUCUGUAGAACAACCUGUCACUCCUGUAGUGCCAAAUGAGACAGAGCUUAGCACCGAAGCAGAGCAGUUAUGUUCAGAACCCUGUACUCCCCGGUGUGAUGAUGAGAGUACACAAAUAACAAAUAUGAUUGACCCUCAACUUGCUACUGUUCAGGGAGAUGAAGCAAAAGCCUUAACAGGAUGUAACUUGCAGAGGACAACAAAUGAGCAACCUGUGGAUGGUCAGCAGAGAGAGAAAGAAGUAAUUGCAGAUUACUGGGAUGCCAUCUCUAGUGAAAUACCAACUGGGGAGGGAAGCUCAUGUUCAGCAGAGGCUGCAGCACAUGUAGAAACAGCCCUAACGACAUUAAGAGAGACCUCCCCAAAAAAGUGCAGGGAUGAUGUUUCCAGUCAUCAAUACACACUAGAGCAGACUCAGCAGAGCAUGUCUCACAGUGGUAUUACAACAAGAAGCAGAGCUAAGGAUUUUGAUAAAAUUCAAAAAUCUACUUCUAAAGACAAGCAGAAUGUAGAAACCAACAUAUGCCAAGAAACAACACUGGAUAAGGAUACAAAACCUGAGCAGAGAAGGAGCAUGAGAAUCCAAACCAGACAGGGAAGAGAAGCCUUUCGUCAGAAUUCUGUACAACCUUGGCGCAUUUCACGUUCAGUUGUCAAUAGGAGGAAUGCUUAUGGUGAGACCUUACUGCAUAGAGCUGUUGCUCAUCAGGAUGUAGACUUUGUACAGAACAUAAUAAAAGUUGGUGGAAAAGUGAACAUUCAGGAUUAUGCUGGCUGGACCGCACUACAUAUAGCAAGUCUGAAAGGCUGUUACGACAUAGCAAAUGCCCUUUUGAAAGCAGGAGCUGAUGUUAAUGCUAGAGGAAAUAAACAAGUAACACCAUUGCAAGAUACAGUUAAAGAAGGCCAUUAUGAGAUGGCAGAGUUAUUACUUUGGUAUGGAGCUGAUCCCUUACUAAAAAAUGAGAUGGGAAGGUGUGCACUAGAAGAAGCUUCUAAUUCGUCUAUGAGGAGACUGCUUAACAGCUACACAGCAAAGUCCAGAAAAGAUUCAGUACCAGGUGGAGAUGAUUCAAAGAAUAUGAACAGUACUCAAAGUGCAGAGGAUACAAAUCUGCACCAGAUUUCCUUACAGACAAAUGAGUCAGAGCCAGUGUGUGCAAAUCUGACUGAUUCAGACAGCAGGAACAUAUCACAACAGAGGAUUGUAAAUGAGGUGCAAAACAUUUAUACUAAUAAAUCAGAAGAUGGAACAAGCUGCAAUGAACACACUCUUCAAGAAAAUCCGGAAACAUUGUUAGCUCAAGCAGCUACUGAUGGAGAAACUGUUUCUAGAAGUCCUUUUAAUUCUACCAGUGGAACACUAAGCACCACUGAACAAAAGGCUCCACAACCAGAGAAUGGAAGGAAGAUCCUGCUUAAUGCAGAAGAAAGUGUUGAAGGGUAUCACUUAGAAACUGAAAAUGUUGCUAGUUUAGAGAUUGAGCCUGUAGCUUUACAACUCCAUGAGAAAGACACACUUCCAAUUAGACAAAAGAGAGAUGAUCUUCAGGAGACCAACUCAAAAGCAGAUCUGUCUUCUGGUGUUAAUGCAGCCAGGAUAUCUCCUUGUUCAUUUCAGAUUGUGGAAACUGUGCAGAAAGAAACCACUCAGAAAACAGAUGAAGGAGUGUUUGCUGGAGAAAGUGGAACAGAAGGCACUGGAAAAAACGGCAAAGAAGGAAUUGCAAAGACCAAUGUGCUUUCACAGUUUACUGAAACAGAAGAGCUUCAAAGUAAAAGAGUGAGAUUAGACCAUCAGGAAACAAGCCAAAAGGCAGCCUCAUACCCCAGUGGCAACAAAACCAAGCUUUUGUCUAAACCAUCAGAAUUCAGUCAAACAUCAGAACAGCAAACAUCCAAGAAAUCAGAAUCCUCCCUGCCUGCCACAAAAAAAGAUGUAAUUUUGCUUGGUACCUGUACUACAGGAGCUGAGAGAAGAGUGAGAACUAAGAGAAAUGCAAAAGGGGAGACUGCACUGCAUAUUGCUGCUGGGAGAGGAAAUCUGCCUUUGGUGAAAAGUCUAAUAUCAUCUGGUGUUUGUGUCAAUGAUCAGGACUAUGCAGGUUGGACAGCAAUUCAUGAAGCAGCCAAUAAGGGAUUUACUGAAGUGAUCACUGAAUUAUUGAAAGCUGGUGCUAACGUUAACAGCAGAAGUCUGGAUGGUAUUUUGCCAAUACAUGAUGCUGUUUCUGGCAAUUAUUUGGAGGCAGUCAGGAUUCUACUACAGCAUGGAGCAAAUCCCCUUGAGAGGGAUGCUUCUGGGAAAAGUGCUUUGGAUGAAGCAUGUAAUGAUGAAAUGAAAGAACUUCUGAAGUCUUACAGUGCUGGGGAGUCUGUACUUCCUGUUGAGACUACUCAAAUUGGAGAGAGGAGAUAUCCUUCUAGGUCAAGAAGAUCAAAAUGUUAUAGUGAUUACCCUAACAAGGAUGAUACAGCUUUGGAGCCACAACAUGAGAAAUAUGGUUAUACACUUGCUGCCAUCCAAGAGAAGCAAAAAGAAUUGUUGCUACUCGAAUUGAGAACUUCCAAAGAUGCAGAUGUUUAUACCCAAAGGCUGUCUCAGAUGCAAGAUACUUUGAAUGAAAUGCUUGCAGAACAGAAAACAGAAAGCGAUAUGCUUGCUAAAAAAUACAGGGCUUCAGUGGAAUCUUUUAACAGGGGAGCACUGAGAAAACAAUUAGCUAACCUUGCUUCAAAGCAAAAAUGUCUGUUGACUGUUGCCCAAACACAAGAAAAAUUAGUCCAGAAAAUACGAAGUUACAGAAAAACAAAACACGUGUUCAGUGCAUCGUGUUCAGAGAAUCAAAUCUCAGACUUGGGUAUUUCCCAUGGAAAUGAUAAAAGUCAAAGCUUAACUGCUGAUGAUGUGAUGUGUCCUGAUGCAGUUGCAUUUAGUAAAGGGCUUGGUGCCAGCAUGCCUAAUGGAGAGACAGUAGAAGCAGACCUCUCUUUAGAAAAUAGAUUUUCAGCUCAGGAAUGCAGCCAACAUCCACACAUCUGCUUGGGUGAGACAGGAGGAAAUAAAGAAGCUAUUAGAAGUGAAGAGGCUUCUGGUCAUCCUUUGACAUCUGAAAACAGGGUAGGAGAAUAUCCCUUCGACAACAUUUCAAAGCUGACAGGGGCUGUAGCAGUGGUAACAUCGCCUUCAGAAACAACUGUUGUCCCUACGAAAAUAAAGUGCUCACAGCAAAAAGACAUUGAUUGUGCAGCAAUUGCUGAACAAGGAAAUAAGUCUUUAAAUUCCACUUCAGUGACCAAUGCAUUAAAUACUGUAAAACCCAGAAGCACUGUUGUCAAUAACAAUGUCUGUCACUGUGGCAGCGACUGCCAGCAGGUUCUUAAAGAUGGGGACCUACAUGGGUAUAUACAUAAGAAAGCUUUCCAGCAGCACCAGCAGAAAGUAAUUUUGUCACCAUCUACAAAGAACUUCCCUAAUACUAUGCAGCAAAUAAGCUUUCAGAGUAGUGAGAACUCAUUAAAUGGAAACUCAAGAAUUACAAAUCUUGCCUCAAAUACAGAUUAUCCAGUAAACCUGAUUGAGAAAUUUUCACAGAGCUAUAGUAAUCAGGGAUGCAAACAGAAACAAGUAAUGUAUGGAAGAAAAUAUAACAAAAACCCUCAACUGGUCGAUCUGCUUGUACUGGGAAGGAUUAAGCCAGGAGAAAACGUGUUAGAAUUCAAACUGCAGGAAAUAAGUCACAAAGCCACAGUCUUAAAAAAUGGAAGGAUCAGAACCAGUAAGGGAAAAAUACUGCUGAGUCCAGUUCUUUGGGUUAAAGACCUUCUGGGAAGAGAUAUUCCUGUGACAUGGAAGUAUGUGUGGAAUAAGGUUACAUAUCUUGGGACACAGUUGUCAAAAUUGCUUAUUGAAGAAGAGUCAGUUUCUAGUGAGCUGGAGUUGCAAGAAUCACAAGAAAGAGAGCCUUUGGAAAAGAACCGUGUGAUAAGGGACCCCAGUAACCAGAAUCAGCGCUAUCAAAGUCCUGGUACUGUCUCCAUUGCUCAGCCUCUUUGCAGCUUUAACCUGAGCAAUGUGCAGCCAAAAACACCAUCUUUGACACAAACAGAAGUUGCAAAAAAAUUGGCACAUGCUGAAAGAGAAGCAGCUGUUACCAAGGAAUUUAAGAGCUCUUCUGUGCAGUUCAACUCAGUGGAAAGUCUGACACAUUUUCCUCAGUUCAAUCAGGUACUAAUGGUAUCUAAAGAGGAGUUUCUACCAUGUUCUGCAAUGGAAAAGUACUGGAAUUUCUACAAAGGCUGUGAAAAUUUUGGAUUCUAA